AUGAACUACUACGGCUUAAAUGAGUUACCUGAGACGUACAAGCGAUACAAGUCCUUUACAGACGGAUUUGAGGGAUGGCUCAUGACAACAGCGAAACAGCGUGGGCUUGAGAUUGCCGCUCAGGCCGAGGCUGCCGCUAAAGCUGCCGGGACAAAACAGAAGAAGAACGGUAAAUCAAAAUCACACCAAAUCCACUGGAAAGAUAUCAAAGCUGUAGCUCAAGCCGUCGCCGAGUCCGGAAUGCCUUCGGACGAUACCUCGGGCCUCACAGAUCUGAACGACGCUAUCCGCCUGCGAAAGGAAGUCACCGAGCAUUAUCGUCAGCAGCAGAAAUCUGACGAAGAGCAUCCGUACUUUAUAACGAUCUUGACCGACGUCCGAACAAUGUUCAACGAGUGGAUCUUUCCCUCGUCAAAGCCAUCAGAACAAAGUAACGCCCACAAGCCGCCGUUAGAUACCAAGAAAGCAUCCUUCCACCAGCAGUGGGCAGUCAUUUUCGGUCUGUCCAAUGAUACCGAUGAUUGUGACGACAGUGACGAUGACACGGAUGCCGACGCGAACAAACAAGCUGAAUCUGAUCGACCUGAAGCGGGGCCAGGUUCCGACAACCGCUCGACACCACACAAUGUCACAGAAGCAGUUCCGCAAGCGUCAAAGACAGAACUAGAGUUGGAUAGAGAUUUCGAGGUGCUUUGUUUCUUAUACGACCUUUAUCUGCUCCGAAGACGUGUCAAGCAAAUCUGGAGUGAUUGGGUCCAGCGCAAGAUUGGUACGAUGACGGCCGCCAUUGUGUCUGACUUGGCACUCGCUCAGGUCCAGAAAUGGGUGAUAAAGCUUGUCGAAGAUUUGGACGAUGACGGAAACAAUCAAAAGAUCCUGGGAAUUGUCGAGGGUCUCCUGAAUCUAGUACCAGAGAAUCAGCGAGAACUGACAUUGCCGGCCGACAAGAGCGAACUUCCGGUGUACCCGCGUGAUUUGUUAUGUUGCGAUGGUAUCCGUUAUAUGAGGAGUUUCUCGCUUCUUGAGUCGGAAGACGUUGGUGCGACACAAGGAUCUCAACCAGUUGAUGCUUUCCGGCUCCAGUUCCUUCUCCACUUCCGGUCAAUCGGCACAAAUGAACUGGUGGUUAGUGACCGAUUUACGGAAUCGUUCGGCUCUCCCGAAGCACGGUCUCGGGUCUGGCUUCCAUUUGGGUUCCAGAUCCUACUCGACAUCCAAGAAUUGCUUCUUAUUACAGGUAGCAUGGAGGAGGUUAGUUCGGACAUGUUUAAUCAUUCAAAAGACAUGGUCGAAAUCAUGAAAGCACACAUAGACUACGAAGACGAAUUGUGGAACAAGGGCGAGAAACCUGAUUACAUGUCAGUCGGCGACACUAAGUAUUCUAACCAGUUUCUGCCGAUCUUGCAAUCACUUCGACAUUAUUUGCUGAAGCUCAGCAAAGAUGACAGCCAAGAGGUGUCGGGAUUGCUCAACAUCACUUUCUUUGCCGCGCACCCAAUCCUCUGCGGACUGACAAUGUGGGACUUUCACCGAACGUAUCACAGCGCAGCUAGGAUCAAGGUCCAGUGGUUUACGGUUGCUCUUGCUCAUCUCCACAAUGCUUGCCGCCAAUUGGGAGGUCUGGCUAGCCCUUGGCCAGACCUCGAAUUCAUCAUUCAAUCCCAAGGACAGGCGCGAAUUUACGUUGGCGGCCCGCCUACAGAUCCGAACGUGUUCUUUCAGCGCAUGUGUUUAGCCUUGUGCGCAUCUCCCCGUGGCAUUGCUAAAGAUUCUCGCAAAGCUCGUCAGCUCAAUCCCGCAACCAAGCAAAAACGUGGCCUCGCCUCGUAUACUCCCUUGGAAGACAGGAUCCGGGAAUAUUACAGCACCAAGUCUGGCAGUAAGCGGUCCUUGCAACUACACAAUAUCUUCGCACUCUUGAUGAGCGAUCUUCGAGAGGCUACUGUCAAAGGUUCAGAGGAGUCGUCGGGUGCAGAGUUCCCGCAGCUCGCGCAAGUCAAAGAAAAGGCUUGCAUCAUCUUCGCAACAAUCGCAAAGAAGCGUGCACGGAGAACGAAUAACAAGAAGACACGCAAGAAAAAUAGGUUGAAGAUUCCAGACUUCUCCAAUCGCGAAAGCGACUACGAUCAGGGUUUGAAUCAUGCAACCUCUCAGUUGGCUGAUCACGAACUCUACGCUAACUUCGACCACCUUGCAUUCUUUCGCCGAGCUUACACAAUGCUCACCCGCAUAAGGACGGAGGUUCUGUGGGACGGUAGCCAAGCACUCAUCACGCUAGACGCUUCGCAAGAGCCUCCUCGUGAUUGCCAGCUUCUGUAUGAUCUUCUCUUCGAUCUAGCACCCCCGCAAAACAAGAACGACAAGGCGCGAGCUUCUCGCUAUGCAUCCAGUAUGGAGAAGCUAAAGAAAAUCUCGGAGAUCAUGCAAGAAUUCAUCGGCGAACAAGGAGAUCUCGAAACGAAGAACGCCGAGGAGCAGCUUAAGCAACGGACAGAACAUAGAACAAACUCUUCCGGAAGGAACCCUCUGGUGGGCUUGACGAAAGAUGCGAUCGCCGAAGAUACAGUUGCUCGUCAUGAUCCUCCUACUUUGGGCAAUAAUCUCAAGUCUGCUGGGGAUGCAGAUCUUAUGCCUCUGUUCGAGCUAGAACAGUCUGGAACUGACAUUCCCAAGAGCCCCAAACUCUUCAUAUUCGGCAAGAACGAGGAGUCAGCAUUUGAUUUCGAGUAUGCAUUAGUCGACCGCUCUGACAUCGAUAUUAUCGACGAGACCCAAGAUGAAGCGCUCAAACCUACAGAUGUCGAAUCCCAUGAGCCUGAAGAUUCAGCAAUUAGAUCAGAAGUCGAGUCGGAAUCCAAGGAUACGGUAACCAAAGCAGAAGCCGAAUCUGCGCUUUCAAAUGCAGUUGCUCGGCCAGUAACAGCAUCCCCGCCAAAGAGUCCAGAGCCUGAACUAGGUUUAAACAUCGACCCUCCACGAGAUAAGAUCUGCAAUUCUAUUCUGGGUGAGGGCCACAGUGCGUAUCAAGGCGAAGCGGUUGCGACUAUCAAAGGUAAGCCAUCCGCUACUCACAUUUGUAUCAUGUCUCCAACCCCCUUCCAGGCACUAGGAGAUCAAGAAUUUCACGGUGGCUACGCCAAAUGGUCAAUGCCGGACGUAGAGACCGAAAGUAGGACUCCCGCUGAGGUCCUAGGUCCUAAAGCUAUUGAAGUCGAAGCGCCACCGUUCCAUUAUCCUUCUGUACUGCUGGAGCCGUUGCCUGUACAACACAAGCCUUCGAACUCGUGGUCAUUCUGGAAGCCCAUAUCACAUGCAGAAGUUCUACCUCAAAACACCGACCUCUAA